GGUUACAUUUCAUUUAAGAAUGAAUGGUUAAUAUUGAAUUAAAGAAACUUGAAUGGUCCUCUGUUUAAAUUGAAGAUGGAUUAAGAUGAUUUGUUUAGAAAAUUAUUGCAUGUAUUUCAGACACUCUUUUCUGGGACCGUUGCGGAAAACAUUGGAUACAGGGAUCUCAUGACAAAAACUAUUGAUAUUGAGAGAGUUGAGCUUGCAGCACAAAUCGCAAAUGCAGAUGAAUUUAUUAAAACACUUCCAGAAGGUUACAGAAGCAAUAUUGGACCAAGGGGUUCGCUUUUAAGUGGAGGCCAGAAGCAAAGGCUAGCUAUUGCUCGAGCCCUUUAUCAGAAUUCGUCCAUCUUGAUCUUGGAUGAAGCAACUUCUGCACUAGACAGCAGGUCUGAGUUAUUGGUGAGGCAAGCUGUGGAGCGCUUGAUGGAAAAUCAUACUGUACUGGUCAUAGCCCAUCGCUUGGAGACAGUUUUAAUGGCCAAUCGAGUAUUCCUUUUAGCUGAUGGAAAGCUUGAGGAGAUACCUCGAUCAACUCUUCUAGCCAAUGGCCACGACUCACUCCCUGGGCUUGUGAUUUGAGGGUGAAGGAGGAAGGGAUGAAAGUUUCUAUACCUCUGGAGAAGGAACUGUAACCCAUACUGUGGACUUAAUCUUUUCCGUGGUUAUAAUUCAUUUAUCAUGGCACUCCUUGCAAGAUGCAUGGUCUUGUACAUUAUCUUGCCAGAUCAGGGAUGAAAGGAUCCAUACUGAGAGAACUGUAAAGCCCAACACAUCCCUCUUACCCAUCGCACCCUCAUCCUUACAACUUGAAUCUUGAAGAAACACCAUUUACUAUAGAAAAUGAUAAAAGUUAUUGUUAUUAUUAUUAUUAUUGUUUUAUAUUUAGAGAUUGAAGUCUAAACUUAUGACUACAAGUACAUGUAACUCUAUUAUCAGAUUACAUGAUUAAUAGUAAUAAAAUUAAAUGUUAGGU